AUCUCUCCUCUCUCUCUCUUCUCGCGGCCGCCAUCUAUGCAUAAACACAACACAAUGCAUGAUUGUUGUGUCAGGAGCGUUCUCUCUCUAGCUUUUGGGGAUCUAUAUAACAGACAGUGUCUCACUUUGUUCUCUUUGUCCCUCGACCUUCCACACACACACACACAGUAGCUUCUCUCUCUCUCUCUCUUCGCUUACUCUGCCUCUCAACACUCCUUCCCAAAAGAAAGAAAGCAAGCAAAUGGAGAGGCUAAACACGAAGCUGUAUGUUGAAAACUGUUACAUAAUGAUAGAGAAUGAGAGGCUUAGGAAGAAAGCUGAGCUUCUGAAUCAAGAGAAUCAACAGCUUAUGUUUCAACUCAAGCAGAAACUCUCCAAAACUAAGAACCCUAAUGGAUCAAACAAUGGCAACAAUCACUGUUCAUCAAGCUCUGCCCCUGGACAAUGAAUCAUGAAAUGUUAGAGAGCAAAGAUCUGGACUUCGUAGAAAAAAAGACCCAACCUUUGGAUUUUUUACUAUGUUUUGUUUGGUGUAAUGUAGGAAGAUAGUAGUAGUAUCCAGUAGUUUAUAAUAUGGAAGAUUCUGUUUUAUUACAAGAAGACAGUAUCUCUCUGUUAGUCUUCUCAGUCAUAUUUUCACUUUUGUUUCUAUUUUCUAUGUUAAUUAAAGAUCUUUCUCGUGUGGGGUUGGGACUUUAGGAUAUGGUCGA